AUGGAUUCGUGUGUGGCGGCAUCGUGUUGCGUGAUUUUUCUGACCCUUCAUGUCUUGUUGACGGGAAAAGAUGUGCAGUCCUUUGCGGGUCAGCUAUGGCUUCGCCUGAGGGAGAAGCUUCGGGAGAGGACGGAGCCUGCCGACAACUCCAAGGCGAAGAAACAAAGGAGCUAUGAAGGUUUACUGGAGCUGCGGCGCACGAACUAUGUUCUGUGUGCACGAGUCUUCGUGCAUUUGGGAGCAGGCCACAGCUUCGUUCUCUUGGCGAGCUUCGCAAGAACACAGGAUCCGGAUCUUAUACCGCAGAUUCUCAUCGUGGCGGGCAUCUAUGUGCAGCAUUUGAUUGUGGCUGGAAAGUUCUGGCAACCCAAGCCAUGUCAUAUUCGUUGGAUGUCCUUGAGCAUAUACCUCCAGUUUGUGGUGUUCGUUCUGUUGACGCCACGUUUUAAGUCCGUUGAUGACGCCUUGAUGAGCUGCAAAUUUACCUUGGCCUCGCGAUAUGUUUUAAGUAUGGUCUUCAUCGACACACAGUUGUCUGCAGUGUGUCAGUUCCUGGCAUCCGUUGCUUCCAUUUUCUCUGAAGUGUCAGCAGGUCGACCCUUCAUGCAAGCAGCGCUGGACGAUGUCCACAUCUAUGCCUCUGUCAUGACCAUCUCAAUGGCAGUGGAAUGGUUGAUCAGGUCUCGCUUAGAAGCCUUGCUAGACACAGCAGAGGCAGAGACCAUGCUCGAGAGUUUCCGCAAGAUGCUUCGUGCAGUUUGCGAUGGUGCCGUCCUCUUAGACAGCGAUUUGCGGAUCCAGGGCAGCCAUGAGUGUUUGAAGCACCUGCUGAUGACAAGCACCAACCUGCACGGCAAUGACAUGCUGCGCUACGUGGCGGCGGACGAGCAGCAGCCAUUUCAGAAUUUCUUGGAGAUGUCCUCGGACAGCAACCAGAAGAGCGCCCCAGAUGUGGCGCCACCGUGUCUUCGGGUCUCCUUGUGUGGCGCCAUGAACUCCCGAGUGGCGUGCGACAUUUUUCACGUCCCAAUGCCUCCGCUGGUGGGCAACGGUGCUUGUCACCUCCUCGCACUGCGCGAAGAUUCCGAGGGCGGGACGCAAGCUGCCAGCCGUGAUGCGGUGGGCGAAAUACCCAAGGAGCUUGCGCAUCACCGGAUGCGUCAGCCGCGGCUCCCGGGAAGCUGCGCGCGUUCCCUCAGCUCGGCCAGUUCUGCGGGCACCAUCGUUCCAGUGGAGGAUAUGAUGCUCUUAGUGGAUCCCGUAGAAAGCAUGGAGCUGGAGCAAGUACAUGUGAGUUUCCCCCGCUCGACCCAGGGGGAAGGAAUCAGCCUGCGAAGAUUCAUGAAGGCUGAAAGGUGGCAGGAAUUGCAGAAGACUUUGAUGGACUAUGCAGCGAGCUCCUCACGUGCGGUGAAGGAUGAGCCGCGCAGCGAAAUCCAUCGGCUGCACCUCCGUCUCUUCGGGUGUAAAGUCUACGCGGAGGCGCAGAUUCAACGCUUCAGCACGGCCAGUGGGCAAGCACCUUGGCAACUGGGGACAGGGGUGACUAUGGGAAGGAAAAUCAUGAGCAUACUGAGUCUCAAGAAUAGUCUGCCAUAUUUGAAAUAG